GAACUUCCUACUAGUGCCUGGAGUAAUACCUAACUUAACAGCAUCGUGACAAUGGGAUUCUAAAUAAAAUCAUGACACUCUGCUGGAGUUAUUAGCAUUGUAAUUCAUACUGUAAUAACCUCUACUGUAAGCUUAUCGCACCCUAAUGUGAAUCAUCCUCAUAUUCUUCUUUGACAAUGUUAUUGGUGACAGAAAGAGCAAGGGGAAUUGUAGAGGCGUAACUCGCAGUGUCGAAGGCCAUGACAAGAAAGAGCCGUUGACAAGUUGUCGAAGUCGACGUAAGAAGCGACAUCGACGGUCGCCAAGAAGAGGCACACGUGGAAGAAGAAGGAAGGAAUGAAAAAGGGACGCAUUGUGUAAUUGAAGUGGGGAGGUCGAACGAAUGGGAGAGGGCUAAGAGGGCGUGGGAAAGGCGUCUCCCCGUCAUGCGCCUUCCGUCACGAAACGCCCAGGAGGUACGGCCAUUGGCCCGGAAGGCGUGUAGCCUGGACUCCAAUGGAUAGUUGCGCUCAACGAGCCAAUCGGGAUCUGGUAUCCUGGGGAAACGGGUUGGCGUGGUGGGGUGCCGGGCCACGGCGUAGGGCAACCCGCGAGGGCUUCAGGGGAGAGGGGAUCCACGGGAGUCUUUUCGAAAUUGCCGGGUGGCCCCGCGGCGAGUCUUCACUCAGUCCCGCUGUGAACGCAGCAAGGAACGCAACGGAUUUUCACUCUCUCGCCACGUUAGUGUUUGUUUUUCCGCGAUAGCCAUCCGCCACUGCCGUAGUAGCUGGACCAGUUUUGACGCGCGGGGUACGAACUGAGAAGGAGUGGUUGAUCUGACAGGGAGUGCUCGUGAGCGUUAUCGCUUUAAGACAGUGCGCUUCAGGUGCCUUCCGUACGUGCGUGCGUGCGUGCGUGCGGGCGGCCGUGCGACGGUACGUGGAUUUACUCGGGACGUCAGAGCAGAAGAAUAGAAAAGCAUCCCACUGGCGAUGCUCUACGCGUCGGGGUGACACAAACAGGGAUAUAUUUAUUUACACGUGGGAAAGACGUCGACUCGGGACGCCGAUCGGCACAACAGUCAUCGUCUCGUUCCGCGAUGCCCCUGCCGGGACAUCGUAAAGACUCGCGACGUGAGUUUAUCGGAAGGUACGUUUAGGUGAGGUCUUCCAACUGUGUGUACGCAGUAAAUCCGCCUCAGAGACGUCGACGUCAAAGGAGAAGGAGGAGGAGGAGGAGGAGGAGGAGGAGGAAGAGGAGGAGGAGGGAGAAGAAUAAGAGGAAGAAACGUUGGUGUAAAGAUUGAAGAAGCAAAAGAAGCCUAAUUCUACAAGGAAUUGAGGAAGCAAGAUCAUCAAGAUGAUGAACGCAUUCCUCGACGGGGUGUCCUCGCAUCCCCAUCACCUGGCGAACCUAGGAAUCAAACUAUCUCCGGGUGGUACAGCGACCGAUGGCGGUCCAGGAGUACAGCCAGCUACGGGAGAGGCACCUCAGCAACACCACUUUCAUCCUCAGAGCUAUCCACAUCAUCCCCAUCCGACGCCUCACAUGGCCCCUCACAUGGGCCAUCACAUGGGACAUCCUGGAUACGCGGCUCGGGAUUUCCUAUUGCGACGGGAACACGAGUUCAAUGCGACGGCUAACCCAACGACCCCCGAGAGCGGUCUCGGGCUCUUUCCACCCCUUCAUCACGACAGCACGGCGGCUACUAUGCAGCAAUUUCCUCAUCACGGGCAGCAUCCUCUGACCGCCACUCAUUAUCCUGGACAUUAUCCUCAGGACAGUCGACUGGCACCUCAUCAUCAAUACCUUGGUACUCCUCACCUUCCACCUUCCAUACACCAUCAGCAACAUCCCGCCGUGAGCCAUCCCAGUCAUCCUCAUGGUGCCUUCCUCAGAUACAUGAGAGGCGGCAGCUCUCAGAGGCAGGAGAUGUCCUGCAUGUGGGUCGACCAGGAUACUCCGGGACCCCGGAAACUCUGCGGCAAGCUCUUCAACUCCCUCCAUGACAUUGUCACGCAUCUCACCGUGGAACACGUGGGUGGACCGGAGUGUACGACGCACGCGUGCUUCUGGCAGGGAUGCUCGAGAAACGGAAGAGCCUUCAAGGCCAAGUACAAGCUCGUCAAUCACAUAAGGGUUCACACGGGUGAGAAACCCUUCCCCUGUCCCUUUCCCGGCUGCGGCAAAGUCUUCGCCAGAUCAGAGAACCUCAAGAUCCACAAGAGAACGCAUACCGGCGAGAAACCAUUCAAAUGCGAGUAUUCCGGGUGCGAGAGGCGUUUCGCAAACAGCAGCGACCGCAAGAAGCACAGCCACGUUCACACGUCCGACAAGCCCUACAACUGUCGUGUAUCUGGAUGCGACAAGUCCUACACGCAUCCCAGUUCGCUGCGCAAACACAUGAAGGUGCACGGUAUGACCCUUGGAGAAGGAAAGAUCGGCGGUGGAUACGAGAGCGAAGGAGAAGAGAGCAGCAGCAGUGGGGGUAGUCUGUCCGUGACCGGACACACGGAAUCGCCCCAGCCACCCCCAAUCGUUCCCACGACGACGUCGACGUCGGUCCCGGCGACGGCCAAUCCUCCAGCGACUCAUCCCUCGUCCCGGGGUCCCGAGCUCACCGAGUGGUACGUCUGCCAACCCCCUGCGGUCGGAUCGCAGCACAGCCCACUAUCGGGACCACCCCCGCCACACCAUCUCGGACACCAUUUCAACCCCCUCAUGCACCAUCAGGCCACUGCCUACUAACCAUGGUUGAUCUGAGACAUCGACAAGGUGUCCGUUCAACCGGAACAAACCCCUCGAAGAUGGGGUAGCUAGAUUCUCCACACCCCCCACCAUUCCCCUCCCUCUUCCUCCGACUCCUACAGCGAUAUCUCAGGGUCGAGAUACAUUGAAGAUUUUCUUCGGUCCUUUCGCUAAGGUCGAUCGUGAAUUUUUGUCCUUGUUCGGUAGUUGCACUAUUUCGACGUGAGACUUACGGAAAAAGAUCGUGACUGUUCGUUUUCCGGUCGAUUGUCCGGUCGUGACGAACGCAACGAUCUCUCGUGUUUUUAAUGAAUUUUUUUUUUUUUUUUUUUUAAUGACAAUUCGACGAAGACGUAUUACCUGAAUUUUUAGUAUAUACUUUUUGUAUCGGAUAGGCCGAGAAUAUGGAUAAGUUUUUUUACAUCGAGACUGAUUUUGGAUUCGAAAUGUUGACACGUACGAUUGACCUUGGUAAUAAAAAGUUUUAUCGCCUUGUCAAACUUAUUUUUAAAACUUAUUUUUCACACGCUGACGAGACGUUGCGUUUUAGGAAAAACCUAGGAAUCGGUUCCUAUUGAUAGUUUACGAUUAUUACGAUUUUUCAUAGCGUCAUUAUAAUAAUGACGGGGUUCACUUUCUGAUAUUAAAUUUUCACAUUUGCGAAAAAGCACUUUCGAAUGGACUGACGUGUGUCCGUGUGAUAGGUAAUUGAAAGUAAAUUCACGUAUGUCAUUGUUUAAGCGGUCACCCUCUGUCAUCGUAUGUAAGUAGUCCCCUGCGAGUGACGAAAGCGAUGGCUUUCCUAAUUCCAUUAAUUGGAAAAUUUAUGCGUAUUAAGACGAAUUUGAGUAUAUCGAUUAUCAACUUUUUAGGUAAAAUUGCGAGAAAAAAAAAUAAUGAUCGUGCAUCGGUGUCGAUGAAAAUUCGGCACGGAGUAAGAUUUUUAAGUCGCCUUGAACCCUCGUGUAUACCUCGAAAUUUACUGCCUACUACUUCAAGCUAUACUUCAACUUCAGUGCGUACCUGUAUUUGCUGUAACUUCAAAAACAAAAGUUAUCGUCGGUACUCAAGUGUGUCACAUCCGAUUCUCGUUGAGCAACCAAUUUGGAUCUCGUAGAUUUUGUCACGAAAAAAGCAGAGCGCGUUCAGCGAAAUUUCGUACCUUUCACGAUAAUCCGUUUUGAAAAAUCAACAGGUAGAAAAAUAUAAUGAUAUAACAAUAAACAGCGAAAGUUGAAGUUUUUUUUUUUUUUUUAAAAAAAAAGAUUAUUUUCAUCAGACUUCAUGAAAGCUUCCAAGGGUACAGUAGUUCCCGCGAGAAUUUAGGAUCGCAACUGGAGCACCCGGAAACGGAUGUACAAGUUCAGCCAUAUUUGUGCCUCAAAUUGCUUACCAAAAAAGAAAAAAAAAUAUCUAGCUACAGUCUUUUUUUUGUCCAACAACGCGUUACACGGCCCAUAGACGAAGUUAGUGGUUAGUCGAAUUUGGGGUCAACCUGUAAAUAGCAGUAAAAGCGAGUUAACGAUUUUACAAGCGCAUGGAUCGUUGAGCCGUGAUUUAUUUUCAUUAGACCACGAGCGCAAAAAUGAUAUAUAUAUAUACUUAU